AUGUGUCGCUCAAUGUCGGCCCAGACUCUCCAAAGUCAGCACCUCGUGGCGAAAGAUGAUAGCGUUGGAGUAAUAUUUGUGAAGACGAAGACUAACCAGGAGGGUUCAGGGCCCCGUGAUCCACUCCACCUGUACGCGAACCCGCUGAGCCCAUCAACGUGCUGGGUGACUGCCUUGGCAAUUUAUCUUGCAUGCCACCCUCGAUUGGAACCGGGGGCACUAUUUCCAGGCUCAAACCAGAAGCUACAAUUUAGCAAGGUGCUGACUAACCUUUUGAAGCAAGGAGACGCUGGUAAAAGUUACGGUACGCAAUGGAGUGGCUACAUUCGCUUGUGGAGGAAGUACAGGUGGUCCCUCGAUCGUGAGUGCGUGUCUUCGCUGCGGAUGGAGCCUCGGUGGAGUUCAAGAUCGCUAUUUGCGUUAUGA